CAUCCAUACAUGACACUUUUGUGUUAGAAUCUAUUCCCAAGUAGGAAAGUGACAUAGCAUAGGAUGCAAGAUCCAAUUUUUCUACGCCUAGCUUUUCUCCAAGGCUAACUCGAAGACGAGGCAACGAUUGGCCGCAUUACUCUCCGCUCUUUCCAAUAGAAAUACCCGUUUGGCACCUGCAACUGAGAGAGGGAGAGAGAGGGAGAUGGUGAUGUGGGUGUUCGGCUACGGCUCUCUCAUAUGGAAAGCUGGGUUCAACUAUGACGAUCGCCUCGUGGGUUUCAUCAGAAACUAUCGUCGCGUAUUCUAUCAAGGGAGUACUGAUCAUAGAGGUACGCCGGAGUUUCCAGGAAGGACUGUCACUUUGGAGCCUGCAGAAGGAGAAGUCUGUUGGGGAGUUGCAUACAGAAUUUCUGAUGAGGAAGAUCAAAGAACUGCCAUAACGUAUCUAGAAGUAAGGGAGAAGCAAUAUGAUCAGAAAGCUUAUCUCGACUUUUUUACUGACCCAGCUGCUAUAACUCCGGCUGUAUCUGGAGUAGUGGUAUACAUUGGUUCUCCAGAGAAGAAGAUUAACCAGAAUUAUUUGGGCCCUGCACCUCUUGAAGACAUUGCUAGACAGAUAGUGCUUGCUGAAGGACCCUCAGGACCAAACAGGGAUUAUCUUUUCCAAUUAGAGAAGGCUCUUCUUCAAAUAGGGUGUGAAGAUAAGCAUGUAAAGGAUCUUGCGGACGAAGUGAGACGUCUCCUAUCAGAGAGGAAACUGAAAGGUGAAGAAGCAUGAAGCAUUAUGUUAACCUUCGAAGCCACAGGACAAGCCUUCAACACAUUCAUAAUGCCAAAGUUCUCAACUUGGUCACAGAGUCAAAUACUUUCAUCAGCCAUUGAUCGGGGUUGAUUGUGUUGAUUUCAGUAUAUUCUUUUACUAGAUCAACUUUAUAAAACUUCGAGUAGUUGUCUUCUGAUUU